AUGAGCGAAACAACAACAUCUAACAUUACAGAAGAAGUCAAUGACAAUGCCGAUGAAAACAUUACAGAAGGAGCUAGUGAAAAUAUUGACGAGUUCAGUGAGGAAGAAGAUAUUGAGGACGCAUUCUAUUAUUAUACAGGUCUUAACUAUCGAAAACUUCAUAUAAACUUUACAAAAACAGGUGCUGCUUAUGUUUGUAUGAUAGAUACAGAAAACAAGAGAGUAAUUUUAUGCAUAAACAAAUUCAAACGCUUGUACGGCUUCAUGUAG